ACACCCACACACACACACACACAGAGUGACGACAGUGUCACGGUUGUCGGUGAGUAAAGUCCUGACGUGACGGGGUGACAGAGGCGGAGUGAUCGGUAAAGAGCAGAGGAAGAGUCCGCUGCUGCUCGUGGACGCGCCGCCGUCUUUUCUCUGCUCCGCGAGCUCGUUGUUGCUGUUGUUUCUGCGGGAGGAAGAAGAGGAAGAAGAAGGGCGAGGACAUGAUGGCUGCACUUUCUCCACAGAUCCGAGGACUUCCCACAGAUGAGGAAGAGACCAGAGUUCUGAAAGUGAAGGUCGUUGGUGGGAUCGGACUGGCCAAAAAAGAUAUCCUUGGAGCCAGUGAUCCGUAUACAAGGCUGUCCCUGUACGACCCGGUGAAUGGAGAGAUCACAAGUCUUCAGACCAAAACAAUAAAGAAGACUCUGGACCCAAAAUGGAAUGAAGAGUUUUUUUUCAGAGUCGAUCCGAGCAAACAUCGUCUUCUGUUUGAGGUGUUUGAUGAGAAUCGUCUGACACGUGAUGACUUCCUGGGACAGGUGGACGUUCCUUUAAAUCAGAUACCGACAGAAAAUCCUAACACUGAGAGACCGUACACGUUCAAGGAUUUUCUGCUUCACCCUCGAAGCCACAAGUCCAGGGUCAAAGGUCAUCUACGUCUCAAAAUGACCUACCUGCCGAAAAACAGCGGUUCAGAGGAGGAGACGUCCGAUCAGACGGAGGACAUGGAUCCUGGGUGGGAGCUGCUGGAGUCUCAGGACAUGUCAGGACCCCGACAGAGCCAGGUCCUGCCUCCACUGCCCCCUGGCUGGGAGGAGAGACAAGACAAUCUGGGAAGAAUCUACUUUGUUAAUCAUGAGACGAGAAGCACGCAGUGGCAGCGGCCCACACUGCAAGACAAUGACCUGGAGUUGCUCACGAGACAGAACAAUAAUGCAGAGGCGGAGCAUGCGUUCAUCACACGCAGACAGAUCUCAGACCACGAGGAGAACGAAACUCAAGAAUCUCCUGAGAGCUGGGAGAUCCUGACAGAGGAGAACUCGGCCGUGGCGUCGCCUCCUCCCCAAAUGCCCGCAGACCUCCAGUCCAUUCGCUGUGAGCUGAGACACAUGCAGGUUUCUGGGGCCACAGCUGGUGAUCAGCGCACCUCCCACACGAAUCAUGCGAGUAAUUCAAGCCAUUCCAGUCGCAGGCGGAGCUCCCAGACUCCACCUGGAGAGGAACAUCCUGUUAAUCCAGUGCUGCUUCCGACCUCCACUGGUUUACCUCCAGGCUGGGAGGAGAAGCGUGAUAAUAAAGGAAGACGCUAUUUUGUAAACCACAACACUCGAACCACGACAUGGAACAGACCUCUCAUACAGAGGACCUCAGAGGCAGCAGCAGCAGCAGCAGCAGCAGCAGCAGCAGCACAGAGCGGCGCAGGUUCAUCCCAAAGCCCCACCACGUCUCCCAUGACAGCGCCCCCUGAGGUGUCUCCUCAGCAAACUCCCAGUCCUGAUGCCCCGCAGGAGUCUGGCUCUCUGCCGGUGGGGUGGGAGGUCCGCAGCGCUCCUAAUGGACGACCUUUUUUCAUCGACCACAACACGAAGACAACAACCUGGGAAGACCCUCGGCUGAAGAUUCCCGUACAGAUGCGGAGGACGGCCUCUCUUGACCCCAACGAUCUUGGCCCUUUGCCGCCUUGUUGGGAGGAAAGAGUCCACUCUGAUGGAAGGAUCUUCUACAUAGAUCACAACACCAGGACCACACAAUGGGAGGAUCCUCGGUUACAGAACUCAGCGAUAACUGGACCAGCUGUGCCUUAUUCCAGAGAUUAUAAACAGAAGUACGAAUACUUCCGCAAGAAGCUGAAGAAGCCGGCUGACAUCCCAAACCGCUUUGAGCUGAAGCUGCGACGGAACGCAGUGCUCGAGGACUCGUACCGACGCAUCCUCUCUGUGAAGAGGCCGGACCUGCUCAAGGCACGCCUGUGGGUGGAGUUUGAGGGAGAAAAGGGACUGGACUAUGGAGGCGUGGCCAGGGAGUGGUUCUUCCUCAUGUCCAAGGAGAUGUUCAACCCAUAUUAUGGGCUGUUUGAGUAUUCUGCCACGGACAACUACACACUGCAGAUCAACCCGAACUCAGGUCUGUGUAACGAGGAUCACCUUUCCUACUUCAAGUUCAUCGGCCGUGUGGCCGGCAUGGCGGUGCAUCAUGGGAAACUGCUGGAUGCUUUUUUCAUCCGGCCGUUUUACAAGAUGAUGCUGCAGAAGCCGAUCACGCUGCAGGACAUGGAGUCUGUGGACAGUGAAUAUUUCAACUCUUUAAAGUGGAUCUUGGAGAACGACCCGACAGACUUGGACCUGAUGUUCACCAUCGACGAAGAGCUGUUUGGACAGACUCACCAACAUGAACUGAAGCCCGGCGGCUCUGAGAUCGUUGUCACCAAUGAAAACAAGAAGGAAUACAUUCAUCUGGUGAUGCAGUGGAGGUUUGUGAACAGGAUACAGAAGCAGAUGACUGCAUUCAAAGAGGGAUUCUUUGAGUUGAUUCCACAAGAUCUGAUCAAGAUCUUUGAUGAGAAUGAGCUUGAGCUGCUCAUGUGUGGUCUUGGAGAUGUGGACGUGAACGACUGGAGAGAAAACACCAAGUACAAGAACGGCUACUGCUCCAACAACGCUGUCAUCCAGUGGUUUUGGAAAACGGUUCUGCUGAUGGAUGCAGAGAAGAGAAUCCGGCUCCUUCAGUUUGUGACGGGAACGUCCAGAGUUCCAAUGAAUGGCUUCGCUGAACUCUAUGGCUCUAAUGGACCACAGCUGUUCACCAUCGAGCAGUGGGGGACACGUGAUAAACUCCCCCGAGCUCACACAUGCUUUAACCGUCUGGACCUCCCUCCUUACGAGUCGUUUGAGGAGCUGAGGGAGAAACUUCUCAUCGCCAUAGAGAACGCACAAGGCUUUGAUGGAGUGGAUUAACGUGAACGAGCUGAAGUGACAUUUUAAUGCCCAGCUGCAGGAUGUGAUGGUGAUGCUGGUGAGAGGGUGAGCUGUGGUGGUGAAGGACGGACACACAGCUGAGUCGGGUCACACAUACACAUAUACACACACACACACACACACGUGGAGGAGGCAGACGUGGAUAUAGAAUCACUCCACGUGUUGUAAUGUUUACAAAUUGUUUUAUUUUUCUUCUCUUAAGUGAAUUCACUUUUGUUUGUUCUGCUAAAUAAUGAAUUAUUUAAAGAUUAUAACAUGAAUGAAUGUGAAGCUUUAAAAACAGGAGUUUCCUUUGAGCCGAGCUGCGUCACAAACUGUCGAGACUUCAGGGACUUUCACCACAUGAACACAUGAUUUAAGCUGGACCAUGGGUGACACAGUGAGGACACAGUGAGGACACAGUGAGGACAGGUUGAUAUAAAGACGUACAGUCUCUGCAGAAUCCCUUUAAAGUGAAAGAAGGUUUUAAAUCUAAAGGUUUAUUCUCAUUUAUAAUAAAACACAGAUAUUGAUUGUUAAUUUAA